CUCAAAUCAAUUCCACCGUCUCCGUAUUUUCUUGCUUUGGAUUGACAAUCCCUGCCUAUCUUUCGAUGCAUGUCCCGUUGGCCCAUCUGCUGUCAUCUAGGCUCCCUUUCUGGUGUUCCCCGCGUAGAGGCUGCCUUUCUGGAGUCUAUUGGCCCAGCCUUGUCGACUUGGCCUGAACCAAAUCAGCCUAUGUCAAAUCUUCCACCGACCUCUACUUCGACCAAAUGUCUCAGUCACUCUGUUCCACCUGUCGGUCGAUCAAUUUUCGGAAAUACAGCUACGAAAGCAGAUUUCGAGCCAUUAGGCUUGGUUCUUGGAGGGGUAUUUCCAAUCGUGAUGGGUGCCUAUUCUGUAGCCUGGUCCGGGACGCCAUUUUAUCAAACGAACACCGGCCUUCUUCCAAAUCUAUAAUUAAGUUGUCAAACAGAAAGAGCUGGAAAUGUUGUACCAGCUUCAAUGAGUACCAUGGAAUCAGGCGGUGGGAUUAUUCGAACGAGUUUGACCUCCAAGCCUACGCCUCAAAAACGAAUACUUUAUCCCGAUAUCAGUUUGAUUUAUACUGGGAAUCGUAUUCGGGAGAACGCACUCAUGUUUAUCUUCGUCCCUUACGCCCGGGGCCUUUUUUCGGUAGGAUCGUCGACCGAGAUCAUGCCGAUCUAGCUUUGUGUAAGAGAUGGCUUGAUGUGUGUGACGAAUAUCAUUCGGGGCCUAUGGAACAGUGCAUUGGUAAGAAGACAUCGCGCCGUUUCCUCCAAGAUUGUCUUCGUUUGAUCGAUGUCAAGAACAUGGUAAUCGUGAGAAGUUCGUCGAGUCGGACUGAGUAUGUUGCACUGACGUAUGUCUGGGGAGAAGACAAACUGAAACGGGAGAGGCCUCUGGGGUGGGAGAUGCCUCGAACUCUAAGCGCAGCUGUUUGCACUGACGAGUAUGGGGUUGAGACCAUAGAUUUACCCAAAGAGCUCCCCCGCACCGUCCGAGAUGCAAUCGCGGUCACUCGCUCUCUUGAGUACGGCUACCUCUGGGUAGACUCACUUUGCAUCAUACAAGAUGAUAAGCAAGAUCAAGACCUUCAAAUAGGCAUGAUGGACGAGAUAUAUAGCAAUGCCACUCUAACUAUUGCGGCUGGUUCGGGCUUGCAUGCAGAUUGGGGCUUGCCAGGUAUUAGCCGGCGAAGGCGUUAUGCUCAGCGCUCCGAAAUUGUAGAUGGCGUCGAACUUGCCGUUGAAUUCCCAUCCUUCGAAGAACUCAAUUCAGGCACCUCACUGGUUUGGAAUACUAGAGGAUGGACAUUGCAAGAAAAAAUGCUUUCGAAACGAUUAUUGCUUUUUACCGACUUCCAGGUUUACUUCAGAUGCCCCAACUCAGUGUGCGCUGAAGAUAUAGUCAUGGAGGCGGGGGCCUUGUCUACUACUAUUAAGAGGAGACAAAAUCCAUUUGCGUGGGGAGCCUCUCGUCUUGAGGAACCAGCCUUAUUGGAUCAAGUGGGCGACUUCUUGACCCUUGAAAAUUGGAAACUCACCGAUAAGAAUUGGAAACUCGCUUUCCUUCCGAACUACGUCGCUCUAAUUUCAGAAUAUACCCGAAGAACUUUCAGCUUCAGUCAAGACAGGCUCAAAGCCAUAUAUGGAGUUCUACGGACCCUGGACCCGUCAGAGCGAGCGUUUCCAGGAGGCUUACCACGAGCUUGGCUUGCAGAAACUCUCCUCUGGCAACCACGAGAUGAUAGCAAAUACGCCAUUGAUACUAAAACUAUUGGAAUGCCAACUUGGUCAUGGGCAGCAUGGUCACUGAGCGAGGGUUGUGUUUGGUCGGAAUAUGCCCGUCCGGAUGCCAUUUCUGGUAGCGAACCUCUCACAACAAUACACGUACAAGGAGAUGGAGGAUCGGCCAACUCUUAUUGUGUAUGGACGAGCUAUAAGACGCUGUUCGGAAGCAAGAAGACCACUGCGGACUCCCUCUCGAAAAAUGCCCGGCAGCUGCUGAAGUCGUCCGGCACGAUGUUGAGUUUCGUGACCUCCAUAUGUAUAAUUCGGAUCGGCGAGGCAACAUACGAGCAAAACAUUUCCGAUGAUGCGCUUCAGACAUAUUACCUAAUGGACAGCGAGCGCUACCGUGUUGGAAAAAUAUGGACGUGUGAUCGUGUAGCGCGGUCACGUCGUGACCAUCAAUUUAUUGCUCUUUCCUCGAGAAAAACGGGAAUAGCGAUAAAGGAUGCGGUUGCAGAUAUGCAUAUACCCAAAUAUAUAGAUGGGAACGGUGGUUCCAAGAAUUCGCCGGCAACUAACUGGAGAGCUAUAAACGUUAUGCUGGUGGACUGGAAAGGUGAUGUUGCGUUUCGGGUAGCUGUUGGUCAGGUCAUUUCGACGGCGUGGAAUGAGGAAACGACGAAGUUGGUAUAUCUAGGAUAAGAAACUGUUGGUAUAUUCUAUUUAUUUAUUCAUUUAAUAUGUUGUACUGUGUCAUAUAGCGUCUCGGGUUUAUGGUUGGGUCGUACUGUGCCCAAAAGUUUAGAGAGAAACACCUCGGCUGAAUUCGAUUUUGACUGUCACAUAUAUUUCCUAGAUCGCAGGGGAUAGUUUUCGUUGUUGACGAUAGGUGGAGAGAGUGAAGAGGGCAUCCUUUCUUCACACUGCUGGGGAUACCUGAUCCCUAUAUUAUAUAUAUUAUAUUAGUGUGCCCCUGCC